CCCACAUCAGUUGAGAUGGAGCUUUUUCCUGGGGUUUGAACAGAAGUGAGGAUCUAGUUGGUAUUUGGACGGAAAUCGAGCUUUCUGCACAAUGGCAAUAAAUCAGCAGUGUCUUCAGAGCGAGUGGAGAAGUUCAUGGAGAUCUGACAGAGAGGAUGAAAAUGUAAAUGGGGAAAACGAAUGGAUGGAUGUGCGAAGAGAUGAUCAGCAGAAUCAAGAAGGGGACAAUGAGCAGGAGAAAGAAACAGAGAUGCAAGUUGCAUGGGAAUGUGAGAAGGCUGAAGAUUAUGAAGGGUGUAGCAUUGCUUUUUCUGCAAACAGCAACCAUGUAGAUGCGAUGUGUGCAAAUGACAACAACGAUAAUGUUGAUGUAUGCAUCGAUCCUUUGCCUGUUGCUAGCAGUGAUGCAUUUGCAAGUUAUGGCAGUGGUAAUGUUAACGAAUCUCAAGAUGAAGAAGAAGAAUCUACUUUUAGCUUUCAUGAUACAUCUGCAAUGAGUGAAAGUUUGAUGUCUGCUUGCAAAAUUAACGAAAAUGGCUAUGAUGUUGAUGAGGAACUUAGUGUUAGGUUUCCCGCUACAUCAGCUGACGGUUUAAGUGCAGCAAUGAAAAAUGAUAAAACCAUUGAUGGAGAGGAGAAUUUACCUGCAACUUCUGCAACCAGUGGCGGUUUGGUUUGUAAAUAUGUCAACAUCAACGCAAAUGAAGAAUAUACUAGAAGUUUACCUACUACUUCUGGAAAUGGUGACCACUUAGUUGCUGUGUGUGCUCAUAAAAGUAAAGGACCUGUUAAGGAGUUUGACAAAUAUGGAAAUUAUGAAGAUGACUUCUUUGCUUCCGCUUCCACGAGUACUAUUGAGACUGGAGGAUCUGGAAAAGACUUAACAUUUCAAGAUGAAGAGCAACGGACUGAACAGGAUCAAACAUCUGAUGAUAAUGAAUAUGGUGGAAUUUACAGUUUUAAAGAUUCUGAUGAUGAUGAUGAUGAUGAGGAUGUUUAUCCUAAGAAGCUGUACUCUGAUCCUGCAUUUGCAAGUGUGAUCUUCCAGACUCUGGAGAACAUGAUGCUGAAUCUGGUCCUCACUGAUUUGACUCUGUGCACAGAAAAUGGGCAUCAAUUCCAGGUUCAUUCAAUUGUCUUGUCGGCAGUCAGCUUCUAUAUUCAGGCAAAGCUCAGAUUGAAGCCUAGACAAGAGAGGAAUACUGUAUUGUGCUUGGGUCCUGAAGUUCAGAGUUCAGGGUUGGCAGCGGUAGUUGAGUUUGCAUACACUGGAACGAUCUCCAAUCUGAACAAAUACAAUAUUGAGUCGGUUUGCUCUGCUGCUUCUAGCCUGGAAGCUCUGGAUGUUCUGCAACUCUGCAGAGAGGAGAAACUGAGAGAAGAUGACAAGACAAGAGGGACGAAUGAGCAAAGAAAAUGGAUUUCAGCUGAGGAACAUCUGAAUGUUCGUUUACGGCAUAUUGGACAGCUGUGGGCACAGAGACUGGGAUGUGAUGUGGAGCUCGAAGCAGAGGGACAAGUGUUUCAUGCUCACCGGGUGAUUCUGGCUGCCAGCAGUGACUACUUCAGAGGCAUGUUUACCAGCGGCAUGAAGGAGAGCAGGCAGGAAUUGGUGUCUCUGUUGUUGAUCAGGGCUCGCAAGUUUGAGGUCCUCUUGCAUUACUGCUACAAUGGGGCUCUUGCUCUUGGAUGGAGCUGUGUGUUUGAUCUGGCCUGUACAUCCCUCCAAUUACAGUUUCAGACUGCCUUCUCACUAUGCACUAAAUUCCUGCAUCAAGAAACUGAUGCUCACAACUGCCUGGAUGUUGCAUCUUUCGCAGAGGCCUACGGGAUGCGGGAAUUACAUGCAUUUGCAAAUGACUUUGUCUUAAGGCACUUUCAAGAUGUGUCGAUCACUCCAAAAUUCCAAGACCUUCCUGUUGAGAAGCUGAAGAAAUACCUUCAAAGUGAUUCUCUAUGCGUUCCCUCGGAGUUGUCAGUGUUCAAAGCAGUCCUGGCCUGGAUUGAAGCCUUUCCCAGACAAAGAGUGAAACUUGCCAGAGAGCUGAUGGGAACCAUCCAGUUCCAUCUCAUGACCUAUAAGGAGUUCAAAGAAGUGAAGUCCAUAACAUCUUGGCCUAGGAUUGGUGCCAAACACCUCUACAACUCUCUACUUGAAGAGUUCUGCUCAGGUUCUCCAGAUGUCCGGUCAAAUUUCAGAGCCUACAUGCCUAACCACAGUCUAGUCCUUGUUGGUGGUGAAAGAAUCACUGAUAAUCUUGACAAACGACUUCCCUGCAGGGAAAUAUGGUUUAGCAAUUCCUUGCAGAACCAUGUGGGAUUGGUGAAGAAAGUAGAAUGGCGAAAGUUGGGAACUUUACCUGAUAAACCAAGAUUCAAUCAUGGAGUUGGUGCAAUGAUGGGGAAGCUCUAUAUAGUUGGAGGGCGGUGUUAUUAUGGCAAAGAUGAUACCAUGAAAUGCACCUACAGAUAUGAUCCAGUGCAAAACACUUGGCAAAGGUUGGCUGAUAUGAACGAGAAAAGAGGAAGCUUUGCUCUAGUGGUCCUAAAUGAUCAAAUAUAUGCAAUUGGCGGAGAGAGAGACUCUGAGGUCAACAUGGAGAGUGUAGAAGUCUACUGCCCCAACAAAAACUCUUGGAGAUUUGUCCAUCCACUGGACCACACUCUAUGUUGUCAUGCAUCUACUAUAUGGAAUGGCAAAAUCUUUAUAUCAGGAGGCCUCAACAGCCAGUACCACUGUCUGUCAACUAUGAUCCUGUACAACCCUGAGUUCAGAUCCUCUUACUUAGCUGAAAUGAGUAAGGACAGAGCCCUGCACUGCAUGGAAACCCUGGGUGACCGUCUUUACGUGGCUGGAGGAGUUUCAAGCAAUGCACAAGGCAGUCUGGAAGAUCAAUUAGCCUGUGAGGUCUAUGACCCUGUGGCCAACUCCUGGAGUGCGAUUAUGCCAUUCUCAGUGCCUCAUGUUGGGUCAGCUUCAGCAGUCUUAGAGGGGAAGAUCUACGUAAUCGGAGGGUAUUCCCAUGAGGACUACAGUGACACCAGAUCGGUGCAUCGCUAUGAUCCUAAUACAGAAUGCUGGGAGAAUUUGAGCCAGACACCAGGCCCAAACACAUAUAUAGCUGCCUGUGUGCUGCCCAUACCUGCUCACCUUAGAAAGUAAGAGAGGAAAAUCCUAAUCGCAUGGCAUCGUCAAUGCACACAGCAAUGUAAAGGUUCAGUAUUAAAGGGACAGUCUACCCAAAAAUACAAAUUCUGGCAUCAUUUAUUCACCUUCCACUCAUUUCAAACCUCUGAGUUUUUUUUAAUAUUUGGAAGAACACUCGAAACCAAGAAACAUCAACUUCCAUAGUAUUUGUUUUUUCUACUA